AUGUGGUCAAGAAAAGCUCGAGUUAUUCUUAACGAAACUGAAUUUUAUUAUCAAUAUAAAACUGAAAAAUCUCCAAUUGAAGAACGAGAAGCCAAAAGUGACGAUGAAUUUGACUCAGUUGUUCGUAUUAAUCCAUCAGCUUUUCCACAUGAUAAUGAAACCUAUGACUAUGCUCGACUAUGGAUUCAGAACAAUUGGAACAGCUCUUAUUUUGUAAUCACGUAUAAUGAAUCAAAUGUUGUCGGUUAUAUUCUAUGGGUUGUUAAAGGCGGUUAGAAACGUCGCAUAGCGUGUGAAUUAGAACAAAUAGCUAUUGAGGGUGUGGGUGUGUAAGUGUGGAGUAGGUGGCUGUGAAUUUCAAAGAAAUCUCAUCCACACCCACACACCCAUCCACACCCACACACCCAUCCACACCCACCCACACCCGUCCACACCCACACCCACACCCUUCUUUGAAAUUCCAGAACCCAGUGCUUCCCCCAUUGAAUUUCUAUCACUGGAAAUCAGUUUUUAUCUGAUCACCGUGAAUCAAUAGAAAUCAUCGAAAAUGUUUAUAAAUGAAAGAAAAUCACGAGAAAUCGUUAGAAAUCACCUAUUAAUGGUGCGUUUCUUUCAUGUUAUUUGUUUAUGUUUUAACUUGCAGUACAAAGCUACCGUUGUGCAAGCAGUUUACUUGUCUUUCUCCGAAAGAAGGCAACUGUUUUGUUCCAAUUUAAAUUCAUGGCAGACAUGACUAUGAAUAAAUCGCUAUCCAUGUUUUUUGUUUUUUUCAUUCCUUCACAGCAGCGGCUCUAUUUUUUUCCCAUUCUGUUUCUUUCUCUUUCAUCUCACAGUUUAAGGCAGAUGCUGCACAAGUAGUUUACAAUUCUUUCAUAAAAAAAGCAAUAGCUUCUCUCCAUUUCAAGCUCAUGACAAAUAUGACCAUGAAUAAUUCGCUAUCCGCGUUUCGUUUUUCUUUUCCUUCACGGUAAUGGUGCCUGUUUUUUCAGUCUAUUUGUUCCUCUUUCAUAUCAGAGUCUCGGAUAACUAUUGAGGGUGUGGAUAUGAUUUUAUAAUGAUUUUUACUAAAUUACUCAAAACUAGCAAGAUGCGUUUGUAACGAUCAAUAAGGCCCCGACUGGGUUGAUACGUAAUGACAAACUGAAUAGAGGCGGAGUAGCUUACCGCCACUCUCGGCAAUGAUGUUUAUUCGCUUCUUCACAUAUCCAGAGUGUAACAACUUCAUACAUAAUACGCAUAUAUAUAGGAGAGAGAUAGAAGAGAGACAGGAGAGAGAUAUAUUAGAACAACGG